AGAACCGCUGGUUCAGCCAAUGGCUGAGUCCCAGGCAGAGCCCAGCAUAGGGGCCAGGAGGAUAUAAAGCUGGGGUGGCAGAGCCAACCUCAGCCUAUAUGACAGGUCUAUAGGUCAGCUCUGGACCUACACAAGGAUUUAACUAAACAGAAUCAGAUGAACCAACACUAGUCUGUCAUACCAGCGCUCCAAACCCAUAGCUGCCGAUUGCUUCUGAUACUUAGACAGUCUCUAGGCCCUGACCAGGGGACUGAAGGACCUCAGUAUUCCUUUUCUGUAGUGUUUGACCUGUAGAAGCCAGUAGGUGUGAGGAGCCUGUAUUUACAGCCAGUCUGAUGGAGAAUGAUGCCUAUGACAGGAUCGGGGACGAACCCCCUAACUACGAGGAGACGUCUUUCUCCGGUGGUACCACCUCUAACGGUAAUGGGACUGGUAACGGAGAGCACCGGGCCGUCCGUCCGUCCGUGGUCAGUGCGUUUGGUCAUGACACGCUGGACCGCGUGCCCAACAUCGACUUCUACCGGAAUGCUGGGAGUGUAAGCGGUAACCGUGCGGUCCGACCAUCCCUGCAGGAGCUCCACGAUGUCUUCCAGAAGAAUGGAAGGAUCUCAGUGACGAACACGGUGGAGGAUAGAGAGGGGAGCGACGGGACGCCGUCGGACGAUGUGGAGUCUGUCAUUCCCCUGGACAACAAAGAUGGAACCGUGAGGUUCGGCUGGAUAAAGGGAGUCCUGGUGAGAUGUAUGUUGAACAUCUGGGGUGUGAUGCUGUUCAUCCGUCUGUCCUGGGUGUUUGGACAGGCCGGCUGGGGUCUGGGCAUUGUGGUCAUUGCUCUGAGCUGUGUGGUGACCACCGUCACAGGUCUCUCCAUGUCUGCUAUCUGCACCAAUGGAGUGGUACGAGGAGGAGGGGCGUACUACCUGAUAUCACGUAGUCUGGGACCAGAGUUUGGCGGUUCCAUUGGUCUCAUCUUCGCCUUCGCUAACGCUGUUGCCGUGGCGAUGUACGUGGUGGGCUUCGCAGAGACUGUGGUUGACCUACUCAAGGAAAACAAUGCCAUUAUGAUAGAUGAGCUGAAUGACAUCAGGAUCAUCGGCUGUAUCUCGGUGGUACUGCUGCUGGGGAUCUCAGUGGCCGGGAUGGAGUGGGAGGCCAAGGCCCAGAUCGGUUUGCUGAUCAUCCUCCUGGUAGCCAUCGUCAACGUCUUCGUAGGAACUGGCAUCCCAGCCUCCACCGACAAAAAGUCCAAAGGAUUCUUUAACUAUGACGCCAAAAUAUUUAUGGAGAACUUACCGCCGGACUUCCGAGAUGGAGAGACGUUCUUCUCUGUGUUCGCCAUCUUCUUCCCUGCUGCCACGGGUAUCCUGGCCGGAGCUAACAUCUCUGGAGACCUGAAGGAUCCCCAGGAUGCUCUCCCUAAAGGAACCCUGCUGGCCAUCCUCAUCACUGGAGUCACAUACCUGGGAGUCGCCCUCUGUGUCUCUGCCACGGUGGUGCGUGAUGCAACAGGAAACAUCAACGACACCAUUGCCACAGGGAUGGACAUGUUCUGUAACGGUACCAACACUGCUGCCUGUGAGCAGGGAUGGAACUUCUCCUCCUGUGAUGUCAGCAGCUGCAAGUUUGGCUCCAUGAACAACUUCCAGGUGAUGACCAUGGUGUCAGGGUUCGGUCCUCUCAUCACAGCAGGAACCUUCUCUGCCACCCUCUCCUCCGCCCUCGCCUCCCUCGUCAGCGCACCCAAAGUCUUUCAGGCUCUGUGUAAAGACAACAUCUACACUGCACUGAAGUUCUUCGCCAAGGGACACGGCAAGAACAACGAGCCAAUCAGAGGCUACGUUCUGACUUUCAUCAUCGCUGUCGCCUUCAUAAUCAUCGCCGAUCUGAACGUCAUCGCGCCCAUCAUCUCCAACUUCUUCCUGGCAUCGUACGCCCUCAUCAACUUCUCCUGCUUCCACGCUUCAUACGCUAAGUCCCCAGGCUGGAGGCCAGCGUACAGGUACUACAACAUGUGGUUGUCUCUGUUUGGAGCGGUGCUCUGCUGUGGUGUGAUGUUUGUCAUCAACUGGUGGGCUGCUCUCCUCACCUACGCAAUCGAGAUCUUCCUAUAUGUCUACGUCACUGUCAAGAAGCCAAAUGUGAACUGGGGCUCGUCCACUCAGGCCGUGACGUUUGUCAGCGCGGUCAACAACGCUCUGUCACUGACCGGAGUAGAGGACCAUGUUAAGAACUUCAGACCUCAGUGUAUGGUGCUGACAGGAGCACCUAAGAACAGACCGGCACUCCUGGACCUGGCUCAUUGUUUCACUAAGAACUACGGACUCUGUCUCACAUGUGAAGUCUUUGUGGGCCCCAGAACAGAGACAUUGACAGAUGUGAACGCUGGAAUGGAGAAGAACCAGAUGUGGCUGAAUAAGAAGAAGAGAAAAGCCUUCUAUGCUGCAGUGGCCUGUGACUCCUUCAGACAGGGAACUGAGAACCUCAUGCAGGCAUCAGGUCUGGGUCGUCUGAAACCCAACAUUCUGAUGAUGGGCUUCAAGAAGGACUGGAGGACAGCAGACACAGCUGGCGUACAGAGCUAUGUAGGAGUACUGCACGAUGCAUUUGACUUUGAGUACGGAACUGUGGUACUAAGGAUGAACCAGGGACUGGACAUCUCACACAUCAUAAAGGCUCAGGAGGAGAUGGAGAGAGAAGCCCAGGAGCAGAAGGAUCUGGAGAAAGAAGAGCUGGCUGAGGAGAAUAAGGGGAAAUCCAUCUUCAGGAAGUCACGGAACUUAUCUACACAAGGUCUCACUUCCAGAGCAUCAGUGACGACCCCCCAGUCUCCCCAGGUAGUGGUGGUGAAUGAAAGGCUGGUGUCCACCAGCACUCAGUUCCAGAGGAAACAGGGCAAAGGAACCAUCGAUGUCUGGUGGAUGUUUGAUGACGGAGGUCUAACCCUACUGCUGCCCUACAUCCUGACAACCCGUAAGAAGUUCAAGGACUGUAAGAUGAGGAUCUUCAUCGCUGGCCAGCCGGGACGUGUCGAGCAGGACAGGCAUGAGAUGAAGUCUCUGCUGGAGAAGUUCAGGAUCAAAUAUGCAGACAUCCACGUCAUCGACGACAUCACCCAAAACCCCAACUCUAACAGCUGGAAGAUGUUUGAGGACAUGAUUGAGCCGUUCCGUCUUCACGAGGGGUCAAAGAGCACCACCCUGGCCGAGGCUCUGAGGAAAGACAACCCCUGGAAGAUCUCUGACGCCGAGCUGGACACCUUCGAGGAAAAGACCAACCUCCAGGUCAGGCUGAAUGAACUACUGCAGGAGAACUCCCGAGCUGCCAACCUCAUCAUAGUGAGUAUGCCCAUCGCCCGUCUAGGCUCAGUCUCUGACCACCUCUACAUGGCCUGGUUGGACAUCCUCACCAAGAACCUCCCUCCCACCAUGUUGAUCAGAGGCAACCACAAGAGCGUCCUCACCUUCUACUCAUAGACCGACCCUCUCAGCAGUCACUAGAUGGCCACAAGGGACAACCAAGGCACUUUCAUCAAUAUCCAGGAGUUAGUUGCUAUCAGUUUAAAUGAAAAGGUGAUGGUUAGAGAUAAGGUUAUGGGAAAGGUUAAAGGUUAGAAAGUGAGGCUCUUCCAUCUUGUCUAGCAUGACCAAAUAGUGAUGACACAACACAGACAUAUGGACUCAGGGAUAUAUGGGCACAAGGACCGGACACUGCCUGGGAUGGGUCAAUUACACUGCCUGGGAUGGGUCAAUUACACUGCCAGUGCCUAUGCUGCCCCCCGUUGGAAUUGUACAUGUGGUGCAUAAUUAGGGGUCCAAACCCUGAAUCGGGCCGGAAAACUCUUAUUGUUAUAUAUAUUAGUCAUGUAACAGAUGCUCUUAUCCAGAGCAACUUACAGUUAGUGUCUUGUUAAGGAUAUUAUUAUUCUGACAUAUUAUUAUUAUUAUUCCAAUUUUAAGAGAGCUAUAGUGCUUAAAUAGUUCGACCUACAGAGACCAAACUUGGAGGGAUGGUGUAAAUUGGUGACCCAAUACAUCUGGUAAAUCUUUGGUAUUUGACACAGAGUGGGACUGGGAUGUUAGAUAACAGACUGGUCCCAGGCUAGUUGGAGCCCCCUGCUGGCUAUGCAUCUCAAUACGGUAUACUUUUUCCUUAAAUGUGCACUUGUCCACUACCCACAUAGUGGUCCUCUGUAGCACAGUUGGUAGAGCAUGGUGCUUGCAAUGCCAGGAUAGUGGGUUUGAUAUCCGUGACCAUUCAUAUGUAAAACAUUUUUGGCACGCAUGACAGUAAGUUGCUUUAGAUAUAAGUGUCUGAUAAAUGGCAUAAAUGAUAUUAUUCUAUAUUAUGAGAUUGGUCUAAGAGCAAAAGAUUGAGUCAAGACCAGAACCUGUAGUUCAUAGAUACAGACUCCUCCAUAGUUCUCAACCCUGAGGCCGGCAUGGGCUAGUCCCUUCAUCUUGUACAUGCCAACCCAUGGUGGCCCAGGUUCAAAUCCCACCACUGCUGCUUUCAGAUAGACAUCCCUAGACACUGAGUUGGUGUUGUGGCUAAAUUUGAUGACUUAGAUAAGGGCAAAAUAUUUGAGAAAGAGUAAAAAGGCUUGGGCCCAGGUCAUUGCUGCUUGCAGCUAGCCUAUAUGUAUAAUUCUUCUUUUGGGGGAACAACAGAUGAUACACACUGAGUACACAAAACAUUAAGAACACCUGCUCUUUCCAUGACAUAGACUGACCUGGUGAAAGCUAUGCUCCCUUAUUGAU